AUGGUGACACCGGAUCUUGUUUACGCAACACCUUCGGGGACUGGGGACAAUCACCAGAAUGUCGUUUCAAAUUAUGUUUCUACAGCUUAUUCAGAAGCGUUAGGGGUGGAAAAUGGUAGCAUCAUUCAGGAUAAAUAUCUGACAGCGUCUCACCAUAAGAACUCUUUCGAAGCACGAAAAGGAAGACUUCAUAACUUAGAGAACGCAUGGUCAGCUUAUCCAAGAGUGGGAACGUUCUUGGAAAUCUCCGUUGGAAGACAUCUGAGCAUUAUUACUGCUGUAGCCACACAGGGUGUAAAGAAUGAACAUGACGAAUCCUGGGUACUAAGCUACAAAUUGAGUUACAGCUUAUGGGGAGACGAGUGGAUGGAAUACAUUGACGACGGCGAAGUCAAGGUAUUUCGUGGUAACAACGAUCACAGCACAAUAGUAAAGAAUUACCUCCGACACAAUAUAACAGCCUUACGUAUUCGUUUUUGGCCAGAAACAUAUUAUAUUGGUCCUGCAUUAAGAGUCGAGUUGUACGGCAGUAAGGAUGUUUGCCAAAACCCUCUUGGCGUGGAGAGCGGCGACAUAUCCAAUGUACAGUUUACUGCAUCAAGUCGUGCACCAGUUGAGAGUGAUGCAUGGAAUGGUCGCUUAAACAACGGGAAGGCCUGGUGCGCGGGAAAUAAUGACGAUAAACAGUAUCUUCAAGUAGAUUUAGGAAGAAUUCUUACGGUAGCGCGAGUCGCCACGCAGGGUCAUCCUGACAAUCUACAGUGGGUGACUCGUUAUAAAGUGGCUUACAGUAUGGAUGGAAUAUUUUGGAGGAAUGCUCUUGACGAAAGCAAGUCAAAGACCCUGAGUGGUAAUACAGAUCACAGCACAGUGAAGGAAGUCCCAUUCUACAAACAUGUAACAGGCAGAUUCGUGAGGUUCCUUCCUGUGGAGUGGAAUAAUGCAAUCUGCAUGAGAGUAGAGGUUUACGGUUGUGAAGAAUGCGCCUAUCCAGUUGGUAUUGAGCGUGGAGUAGUACCAAAUGAAGCCUUUUCAGCCUCAUCAUGGUACGACGUGGACCAUGAGCCUUGGCUGGCAAGGCUUUAUAGUAGAGAAGGCGAGGGAGCGGGGUGUGCACUGAAAAAUGAUGGGACCCAGUACUUACAAAUCGAUCUAGCUCAAAUACAUAUCAUAACAGGCGUAGCUACUCAAGGAAAGUACGAAAUAUCAGAAUGGGCGAUUCGUUUCAGAGCUUGGGUAACAAACUUCAGUUUAUCUUUCACCGACGAUCAUAUGAUUUGGGUUAACUACACUGAGGAUGGAGUCUCUCCGAAGUCACAUGGUUUGGAUGGACAUGCAUGCGGGUCGAAGUUUUUGGAUGCAGAGGUUAGUAAGAUGUUCUUGAAGAAAUUUAAUAAGAAUGCUGGAGAGGAUUAUUACUCCACCCGAGAGACUCCGUGGGAAGCCAGAUGCCUUUAA